GGCCGUUGGACUCAGCUUGCUUUCCCAAAAACAGCAGCCAGCCAGCCACAACUCCGUGAGUUUGGCCAACGUCAUACGGCUAUUUACGUGGGCAGCUUGGAGUUAUUUAGUUUACUUGUUGGGUGAAAAUGCAUAAAGAGACGAUGCUCACGAGGUCUAGCCUGCGCAAGGGUGCCUGUGCCUGCCCUUGUGUCUACUCUAGCUUGUGUUGUCCGCUUUUGUAUACGAAAACCAGAUUAGCGUUUAGUUGGUCCCCUUGUCGAGCGCCCCACAGCACUAUCCCAUCCAUAUCCAUCCAUGCGCCUUCGUUAGCCCUUUCAAGCGCCCAGCUAAGAAGGCAUGCUUGCCCGGUGCCGUUGUCCGUAGCGCGAACUGGCUCUGUCAGCUUGCAAGCAGCUGCCGGGUAUCCCAGAUCCCAGUACGACAAAGACACCAAUACCCCUGCGAACCAGGCUGCACACAAAACCGCUUUCUUCACAGGCAGUUACGCAGUAGCAUUCGGCCUCGCACUUACAAUUGCACCCAAGACCAUUUUUGGCCUGCUGUUCCGCUCCGAAACCGUGUCAUCCGGUUGGAUCCGAGUUGGCGGCAUCCUGUUCACCCUCAUCGGCUGGCAGUACCUGGGAACAGCACUUGGGGACAGGAAGGACCAGGGCGCUCGCGGCUUCUACUCCGCCAGCGUCUGGUCGCGUCUGGCGCUCGCUGCCGCCUUCGUGCUGCUGGUUGCCGCCGGGCAGUCGCCUCCCGGGCUGCUGCUGCUGGCGGCGCUGAAUGUGGCGGGAGCGGGCGCCAUGUACCAUGCACUGAGGGGGGGGAGGGGCACUGAUGAUGGAACACCCAAUACGUUGAAUGAGGAAGGCGAGCAAGCCGACGAGGG